AUGUCAUUUCUCAGUCUGCCAAAGCUGUUGACCGCGGCGCUCAGCGCCAGCGCUGUGGUAGCGCAGAACGUUCAACAGCGCCAACCCAACAUCGUGUUCAUUCUCACCGACGACCAGGAUGAACAGCUCGGCUCACUCGACUACAUGCCGUUCGUGCAGAAGCACUUCGUGAAUGAGGGAACAUAUUACCGCAAGCACUUCUGCACUAUUUCGAUCUGCUGCCCGUCGCGAGUCAGCUUGUUGACAGGUCAAGCUGCUCACAACACUAAUGUCACCUACGUUACUCCGCCUCAUGGUGGAUAUCCCAAGUUCGUCUCUCAGGGAUACAAUGAGAAGUACUUGCCUGUCUGGCUGCAGGAUGCUGGCUACAACACCUACUACACGGGCAAGCUCUUCAACGCCCAUAGCACCGACAACUGGAACAACCCCCACCCUAAGGGUUGGACCGGAAGUGAUUUCCUGCUUGAUCCCAACACCUACCUUUACUUGAACGCGACAUUCCAAAGAAACGACAACCCGCCUCAGACGUACCCCGGGGAGUACAGCAAUGAUCUGGUCGCUGAAAGGGCACUUGGUUUCUUAGAUGACGCCCUCAAGUUCAACGGCAGCAAGCCUUUCUUCGUCGGUAUUGCGCCCAUUGGGCCUCACAACAACGGCCUUGGUGGUGAGACAAGCGCCGGAGCUACGCCACCGAUUCCCGCCAAGAGACAUGAGAACCUUUUCCCCAACAUCACAGUUCCCCGGACUUACAAUUUCAACCCGGAUAAGCCUAGCAUGGCCAAUUGGGGCUUGAUUAUCCCCAAGCUCAACUCCUCUGAAAUCGCCUACGGUGACAACUACUACCGUCGCCGCCUCCAGACGCUGCAAUCUGUCGAUGAGAUGGUCGAUGCUGUUUUCAAGCGUCUCGAAGAUGCCGGCGUUCUCGACAACACCUACGUCAUUUUCACUUCCGACAACGGUUUUCACAUUGGUCAGCACCGUCUCAAGCCCGGAAAGACCUGCGCCAUCGAGGAGGACAUCAACGUUCCGUUCCUCAUCCGUGGACCCGGUAUUCCCAAGGGAAAGACGGUGGACUUUGUCACUACCCACACUGACAUCGCGCCCACCAUCUUUUCAAUUGCCAACAUCACCCUCCGCGAUGACUUCGAUGGAUCACCUAUCCCUUUCUUGGAAGACGAGAUCGCGAAGGCGCAGAAUGAUCCCAAGCACGAUCACGUCAACGUCGAGUUUUGGGGCACGCAACGUGGUUAUGAUGUUUUUGGAGGAGUCUCGGCCAACAACACUUACAAAGCCAUGCGUGUUCUUGGUGAUGGGUACAGCUUGUUCUACUCCGUAUGGUGCAGCAAUGAACACGAGUUCUACGACAUGAAGAAGGACCCGGGCCAGAUGGACAACCUGGCUGGUAGCGCAACUGGCCAACUCCUGGAUAGGCCGCUGUCAUCUGUGCAAGACCGCCUGGAUGCCCUUCUCCUAGUCCUGAAAAGCUGCAAGGCGGAGAGUUGCAGACUACCUUGGAGUCAGAUUCAUCCCGAUGGAGCCGUCAACAACCUUCGCGAUGCUCUUGACGCUAAGUAUGAUGACUUCUACGCUGAACAGCCAAAGAUUUCAUUCUCGGACUGCAAGGACUUUUACGACAUCGGAUCCGAGGGACCACAGGAGCUCUUGCACUACGACCCGUGA